AUGCCUAAAUGGGACCACGGUGUAGAGACCUCCGCGCUUCUGAAGUGCCGCUACAGUUACGAUUUUACGCACUCGCUAGCAUCUCUGCCUGAAAAAGAAGUAGAUGCGUGGAAGGCGUUAAGGAAUCGUGUGAGUGCAAAAUGGCAAGAGGAGACCGAACUCGGGAAGCUGCUCAGCAAGUUGCUCUUCCAGCUGAUGCUCAUGAGCGACUCUUUGAAUGAUAUGGUUCGCCUUGUCGACGAAUCGCAUGGAGCUCAGGUAAGCCGAAGUACUUCCAGAAUAUUUUAGGC